AUGAUAAAGGUGCUGCAAGAAGCUACGGAGGCAACAUAUGGAUAUAGGCCAAGUUAUAGGAAGGUGUGGAUGGCAAAACAGAAGGCUGUUGCGCAUAUAUAUGGGGAUUGGGAGGAGUCCUAUGCUGAGUUGCCACGUUGGAUGCUAGGGGUACAAGCCACGCUGGAGGGAACCAUGGUAGUGUUGAAGACUUCUCCAGUGCGUAUUGGUGAUCAGGUUGAUGAGUCCACGAGGUAUUUUCAUCAUCUUUUCUGGACAUUCCCUCCAUGCAUUGAAGUAUUUAAGCAUUGCAAGCCACUAGUGAGCAUCGACGUGACUCAUCUAUAUGGGAAGUAUGGUGGGACUUUGCUUCUGGCAAUCACGCAAGAUGGAAACUCGAACAUCUUGCCCGUAGCCUUUGCUCUCGUGGAGGGGGAGAAUGCGGAGUCUUGGGCUUUUUUCUUAUCCCACUUGUGUCAACAUGUGACUCCACAAGAAGGCAUUCUGGUGAUUUUUGAUAGGCAUAAUGGCAUUAAGGCUGCAUUAGAGGCAACUGAUAGUUCGUGGCGACUGCCUCACGCGUAUCGAGCAUAUUGCAUUCGACAUGUUACCGUUAACUUUGCCCUAAGUUUCAAGGGUCAGGAUGCGAGAAGGCUAUUAGUGAAUGAAGCGUACGCUAAGACUGAGGCAGAGUUUGACUAUUGGUUUGAUAUCAUGCGGACUGAGAAUUCGGCCAUGUGUGAAUGGGCCAACUGA